GGAAAUAGGAUACCAAAAUACGUCCGCGGUGAUCCAGAUAUGGAGCAUCGCUGAUCACGAGAAAAGACCAUCACUAUCCUGCUGGUAGCGUUCACGACGAGCGAUGCGCGAUGCGAGCGCUGGCAAUCAAGCGCUGCUCCGACCGCCGACAGCAGAAGAUGUGAACGCUUGCGGUAUGGGCGAAUCGAGGCACAGGUUAGGUACAUUCGAGACCAAGUCUCCCUUUCCUACCAGUACGCGGGGUGCUUUCCGGCCAGCAUUCGGGCACAGCGCCAUGCCCCAGCCACUAAACAGUCGCCAAAGCACGACGUACCUGGCAUGAAAAGAACAUUUUCAAUUCCGAGACUCUGCCGGAUUGGGGGCCGUCGGAGAACUGGGGAAUCCAUAGGGGACUUUGAGAGCCUCACCAUGGCCGUGGAUAGCUAUUCAGACUUCGUCCUUGUCAGGCCAUGAUGUUGAGGAUGGCCACGCGAUAGAGGGGACCAGUCUUUGAAUAAGGGGGCGGAUAACCGCUGAGUUUAGACGCAACGUUGUCCCGACCCACUAGACUUCCCACAUGAUAGGAUAGACCAGCUUCUCGAUGCCUAAGAGAAGGCAGUGGGUAGCAAAUACACGUCGUCUGGUUGGUCGGAAUACUUCAGAAGAAUACAUAAGAAACCUCUGGAGGCGCAAGAUGUAACCCUGAUGACGAUAGGCCGCUGAUGGACACAGCCACGGGCGCUUCGUGCCCGACUGCUUGACGAGAGAUAUGGUGCGGCGAAGCCUCGAAAAGAUAUCCUCAAAUGAAUGCUCAGUACGCUGCCGUUCCUUUUUUUCCCAUCCCCUAGCUGAAAUGGACCAGUCGCCCAUAGCGAGGAUCCGGAACAACUCUCCAGUUCAUUAUCACGGCCCUAGACAGGCAAUAAGCGAAACACGAGGUCUGAAAUCUGGAUCCGCAGCCAUAGAAUACACCUAGUGUGAGGCCAUGAAUGCAACUCCGUGUUCCGCCCGGACCGUGGCGCCGAUAGCCUUCGUGUGGGUCAUCUAAACGUCACACCGCAAAACAUCGCAUCGAGUGGUAGGAGAUAGUGUCGUCGCCAACCAAGGAUGUUCACGGCGCGAGUUCGGGGUAAUUUGGCCGUCAGAAUAAUGGUAUCGAAUACGCUGGGGUAGACGGGAAGUGAUGUCCACGCCGCACCCAGCAUCGGCUCCAUAGAAAUCGCUUACGUCUCAUCGUUACACAUGUUGCAAUCCGCCACAUAGAGUUGAACUUGUUUGUGCCCAAGCUCGACGCAGAAGGUCGCAGACUUCGCUGCAUCGAAGCCUCUUUGACCGAGGAAGCCGAGGACGAGCAAGGGUAUCGAAACCGCAUAUUUUUGGCAUUUCAGCGUCCAGGAAGAGUAUGUGAUGCGUAUUUCUCACCGAGUCAUGGACAAAAGCCACAGAAUCGAUGUCCACCCAAUACUUGGUCAUUUCGGAGCCCGCCGAUUGGCCAAUUUGUGGACACCCCUUCGGCAUGACAAGAGUCGCGCAGUUCAUCACGUGCACAGACCAAUCCAUAGGCUAAAGACUUGAGCCAACAUAAACUCGCAAGUGUUCCGUAGAAGAUCUUAAAGUGGACACUCACGAGCGG